AUGGCGGCUCACGGCCUCAACCAGGUCCCAGCCAACGUAGUAGAGUGGCGAGACGCAAUAUACAGGCAUGGCCUUCAACGGCGGACUCUCGAGCAGCUGUGGAUGGAAGAACUAGAUCAUUUCUUUAAUGAAGACCACAUCAAUGAUGCGAUAAAAUUUAUGGAAGGAAACCUACUCGGACUUCACAUGCUCCAGACGCUAUGUCGACAUAUAUGUGUUCCAGAGGACGCGCUCACCAUUACCCUGCCCAAGUACUCCGGUACCCUUGCUGGGGAGCUCGGCCCAUUCAGUAUGCUCACUAAUUUGUUCAACCAGCUGGAGGAUAGAUCGAUCCAGGCUUCGAUUGAAGAACGUCGGACGCUUGGGCUCGAUUCUAUGACGCCAUGCAGCACGCAGCACGCGCAGACCCAGAAAGUCCAACGCAUCAGGCUUUUGAAGAGGCCAACACGGAGGAUAUCGAAAUGUCAUCCAACUUCCCAACAACACAGCAGUAUGCAAUUCCGAGCUCGUGUAGAUGGAAGUAUCCUAUUCAGCCUAUCUGUUGCUGGCAUGCCGCGUGAAGCUGCGAUAUUUGAAGUUAAACGUGCUCCCCGUAAAGGGAAAGACAGCGUCCCUAUCCUAGCGCAGCAAGCGAUGGAGCAUGCUGUAUACAUCUGGAAAUGCCAUACACGCGACGAAAUGGUGAUACUCCCCAAUCAUUCGUGUACUCUUAUUCUAACACGUGCAAUUCUUACUGACGAGGCUGUAGUGGACAAAAAGAGUCAGGCUUAUCAUACCAUUAUGGUGGCUCAAGACCACCUAGGUUUCCAUAUUAUCAUUGGGACUUACAAUAACACAUAUCUAGAAUACAUUUUCGGGCCAGGAUCCCAGUCGGUCCUUCCGGCACGAGGCACCAACAAGUUCCCGUUCCUCCAGAUACAAGAACUGGGGCCAUUUAAUAUCAAAAUGGAGGACCAUCUUCGUAACUUUUUACGUAUUAUGCUUGCAUUUAUUCUCUGGCAACUUGAAAAAUCAGGUGACGAUGCUAUGUUCAAAGAGGCAUUUGGCUGA